AUGUUCGCUCCCAGAGAUGCAGUCCCUCGCGUCGACAACCACUGGCGAGAGCGGUUGAGAGACCUGCAGUCAGGGAGCGUCGUUAGUGUGCGCGACGUCAAGGAAGCGGAACCCGACUACAAACUCAAUGACCCUCUGAAACACGACUUCGCUCGCUACGUACUCCCCGUGACGGAAAGCGAGAUAAAGACUCAAAUGUUGAAGUGUCCUACGGUAUCUACGAACGAUGCGGCGCAGAAUGUCAGGCUACCUCCGUCUGACUCGUAUUCGGACAACGAUGAGCGACAGGCCUAUCUAGAUCAGCUCCGUGCCGAGUUUGAAACCAUCAGCGGAUUCCAGAGCGAUCUUGGGAAGCCUUCGACCACAGAGCUGCAGGGCCUAGACGGGGAUGCUUUAGAGCAGCUAGAGAGCGACCUGAGCACCCUUGACCAGAACUAUCCAGACUCGUGGAUACCGCGGUCGUCUGAGCUGCUUCGACUAACAGGGAAGCACCCGCUCAAUGCUGAGCCCAAUCUCCACGCUUUGUUUCAGGCCGGCAUGAUCACCCCUACGAAAUUGCAUUACGUCCGUAACCAUGGCGCCGUUCCUCAACUGAACUGGGAGACGCACACAUUUGUUAUCUACGUCGAUCCGUCGGUCAUCGACUUGAAGCUUCAGGAGUGCACUUAUUCCAUGUACGACCUUACCGGUGAGAAGUUCAACCAUAGCGUCAUAGAGAUCCCGGUCACACUCGGCUGCGACGGCAAUCGUCGAAAGGAGAUGAACAUGGUCAAGCGGACAAAGGGCUUCGGCUGGACUGCUUCUGGAGUCUCAACAGCAGUGUGGCGCGGCGUUCCUCUCGUUCAAGUGCUUCGGGAUUGGGGUCUUACCGAGAUUCCUGCAGGCAAGAGAUGGUAUCUGAACUUCGAAGGUGCUGAGAUGCUUCCCGAAGGACCUUACGCUACAUCUAUUCCACUUGAGCACGCUUUGAACCCUAUCAACGAUGUUCUACUCGCGUUCGGCAUGAACGGGCGGGUGCUGCAUCCAGAUCACGGAUAUCCGCUACGUGUCAUCAUUCCUGGAUAUGUGGGUGGUCGCCAAGUCAAAUGGCUCAAGAAGAUAUGGAUCACUGCGAAGCCAAACGACUCCUACUAUCACCUUUUCGACAACAAGGUUGUCCCUUCAUUCAUCACUUCAACGAGCGACCCUGUCGCCCAGGCAUUCUUCCGGGACGAAAGCACCGCAUGUUGGGAACAAACAUUGCAGUCCGUCAUUUGCGAACCAGCUCACGAUGAACGUCUCGAGUUGACGGACAAGGUCCGGAACGGCAAGUACACCGUCAGAGGACUCGCAUACAAUGGCGGCGGAGAGCGUAUCGAGCGUGUAGAGCUGAGCGUAGACGGCGGCAAAACGUGGAAAUACUGCUUCCGGCAUUUCACCGACAAGCCUCUCCGGCACGCAGAUAAGUGGUGGACGUGGAUAUUCUGGUCGUGUGAUGUUCCUAUUCAAGAGAUUGUCGACGGUUCAGGGGAUAUCAUCGUGCGUGCACAUGACCAGAAGAAGAACUUCCAGCCAGAGAACAUCACUUGGACCCUAACGGGCAUGAUGAACAAUGCAUGGUAUCGUGUGCGGCGCACACUUGUCAAGGAUCACCGGACUUCCACCGUCGUGAUGCGAUUUCAACAUCCUGUUGCCCCUGGCGAAGAAACCACAGGAUGGAUGAUCCCACCAACAGACGAGGGAAUUGACAUGUCCGUUGUCAACAAGACGAAAAAGCUGCCUACAUACGAACUAGACGAUGUCCAAAAACAUGACAAGGAGGAUGACGCGUGGAUUAUACUGGAUUAUGACAAGGUGUACGACCUCAACAGAGGACCCAAUGGCUUGUCCAUAUUGUCACAGCAUCCCGGCGGCCCCAGAGUCCUGCUCAAAUAUGCGGGAAAGGCCACGGUGAAUGCUUCCCUAGAAUAUGACCAGAUUCAUGAUAACCGUGCACACGAGAUGAGGGCAUUUUGUUUGAUUGGUAGGCUUUCCGCCAAGGGUGUCGCCAAGAUGAAAGAGGACUAUAAGUGUGCAAAGGAAGAGCUUCGGCGUCUCAAGGAGCAGCAGCGAGGCUAUGCCCUCCAACCGGACGUAUUUAUCCGGGCGAUGCUUCGAGAGCGCGUCGACGAGACCUCAUCUGUGAGGAGAUAUACAUUCGAGAUCCCAUCGAGAAAUGGCACCACCCCGGCAAAACUUGGACUUCCUGUGGGUCGUCACGUUCAAAUCGCAGUACACUUUGAGGAUCAAGCGGUGGUGCGAUCGUACACGCCGAUCUUCCCCAUUCUGCCAGAAGAGGAUACUGGAGGGACUUUCCAGCUGCUCGUGAAGACGUACUUUCCCGACAAGGUCAAGGCCAAUCCUGGCGGCACCGUGUCAAAUUACCUAGAUUGCCUGCAGAAGGGGCAGGAGAUCGACAUCCGUGGUCCGAUGGGUGACAUCACCUACAACAUCUCCGACGGAGUAUUCGACGUUCGCGGCCAGAAACUCCGUUAUGAAAAGAUUAACCUCCUGGCAGGCGGGACUGGGAUUACUCCAAUAUGGCAGCUCAUCCACGCCGUUCUGUCGACCACUUCAACAUCGCCUCAACUCAAUCUAAUCAAUUGCAACACAUCUGGGGACGACAUCCUGCUGUAUGCAGACCUGGAAAGGCACAAGGGCGACAGACUGAAGAUUUGGAACGUGCUCUCCGACCCUUCCAAGGCACGACAUCGGAUAUUGGACCCAAAGGACUACAUCGUAGGCCGAGUCAAUGCGGAGAUCAUGCACGUUUUCACGCCGGUUUGGAACUAUCUAUCAAGGCUGACAUCACCUCGCAGAUGGGACCACUUCGAGGCGCCCUCCUACAUGGGAGGCCAUGACACCGUUGCAACGUUCAUCGCGGCGCCAGCUUUGACGAAGUGGCGUGGGCGGCCAGUUGGUUUUGUGGAGUGGCAAUCUCUUUUCAUAUUCUGA